UAUAAGUGACAAUUGAUUGCUGUCAACAUUCAAAUACUUGUCAUAGAUGUCACAAAACUAAUAAACAAAUAAAUACAUACAUAUUUUGUUUUCAAUAUAUUUAGUCUUACAAAAUAUUGAUGACUGUACUGUAAAAGCAUUUAAAAUCAGUGUAACCUUCUUCAACUUGGUGCUCCAUCGAAUGAAAGAAAUUAAAAAAUGGACUCAUUGAUAUGUAGGAUUUGUCUGGACAAGACCGGCACCAUAUCUAUAUUCGAUUGUGAAACCGAUAAUAUGCAAUACAGCAGUAAAAUAAUGCAAAUAGUCAAUAUCAUUAUAAAUGAGGAUGAUGGCUUACCUAGUAUGAUUUGUGAGGGUUGUGCCGGAGACUUAUCCCUAUCCUAUCAAUUCGUGCAGAAAUGCCAAGCGUCGGAUAAGGCACUGCGAUGUUUGAGCACGCCAAUAGAACUAUACUCGGAUCUUCAAGUGGAUAUCAUGAAUAUUAAAGAAGAGGAUAUCAAAAACGAAACUGAUGACGGUGACAACGAAUUCGAUGAAACCUUCCUGUUGGAAAAUUGUUCGAAACAAUAUUUCGAGAAGCGACGGUAUAAUGACGGAGAUGACGUCGAUUUGAGAAAGGAAGAAGAAAAACAUAAGAGUCCACAAAAAUAUAAUUCAGAUACAAAAGCAUUUUUUGGAGAUUGUAGAAAUGAUAAAAGUAUUAAAGACAAAAAUCGUAGAAAAAAAUUGGGUCGAGGGAAAAUGGGACCUAUACAGUGUGUUAUUUGUGGCCUGAUGGCAUCCAGUCCAUCAGCUAUGGAGAUACAUAUGAGGACCCAUACUGGAGAAAAACCUUUCAUGUGUAUGGCAUGUAAUACUAAAUUCCCCACUAAAGGAUCCUUAAAGAGACACAAUGAAACCUACCACUUAGCUAGGGAGAGAAAAUUUACCUGUGAGACCUGUGGCAGCAGCUUUUUUAGGAAAAAUGAUAUAAUAACACAUAUGAGAGUUCACACAGAUGAAAGACCAUAUGUUUGUCAAUACUGUUCUAAAAGGUUCCGACAAGUUGCCUCACGCAAUAGACAUCAGAUUGUUCACACUGGAGAGAAACCAUAUGCAUGUCCCAUAUGUGAUAAGAAAUUUGCUCAUAAAAGCCUUGUCACCAAACACCAAAGUGUUCAUAGUGAUGAGAAAAAAUACACUUGCCACCUAUGUAGCAAGUCCAUGAAGUCCCGAACAGCUUUAAAUGUCCACAUAGGGCUACACACUAACGAGAAACAGAAUGUGUGUAGUUUCUGUGGAAUGGCUUUCGCCAUGAAGGGUAACUUACAGACGCAUAUCAGAAGAAUACACUCUGAGAAAUCUGGUCAGUGUUCCACUUGUUUAAAGACAUUUUCAGAUUUACAAGUGCAUAUGAGAAAGCAUACAGGUGAAAAGCCAUACAUAUGUGGAACUUGCAAUGCUGCCUUCUCUGUUAAAAGGAGUUUAGCCCACCACAUGAUGUUCAAGCAUGAAAACGCCGGAAAAUACAAAUGUUCUAUUGGUGACUGCUCCAAAACCUUCCCUACGGCGACAAUGCUCGAGUUCCACCUAAUGAAGCAGCACACUAACCAUACGCCCUACACCUGUCAACAUUGCCCACGAAGGUUCUUCAGAACUAGUGAUCUCUCCCGUCACCUACGAGCUAGUCAUAUGGACAUACAAUUUAAGCCUCCGCUCAAAACUCUCCUACCCAAAACUAUGUCUUUCGCUUGAGUAAACAAACUCAUAAUUUUAUAUUGAACUAGUCAUUGUAAUUGUAUUUUAAGUUAUAUGAGUCUCUUUAACCUAUUUAUUCUAAGUGUAUUCUGAUUUGAUUUACUAAUUAGGCGUAUAAAAUUAUAUUUAAAGUAUGUCUGAGUACUAUCCGUCGUCAUAUCAUAAAACACUGGCAUUUAUCUAGUAAGUAAUCAAAUAGGUACAUACUUGAAAUGUUUUAUGUAUUAAUUUAUUACCUAAGUUGUUACCAGUGACCUCUAUUGAUAUAUAAGGUAGAUUUAGUUAAACAUAAACAAUUAAAUCAAUCAUUUAACUUAUCUAAAACGUAUAACAACUAAUCAUUUUUUUUUUUCGUAUAUGUUACAAAGACAUCUGGACUCCCACUGCCACCUUAAACUUGUUAUUUUACAAUAUAAAAUAGGUAAUUGAAACUAUUUACGAUAUCAUCAGUAAUUGUAUUAACAUUAAAUAAGUGUAAUGUGAUACGUUUACUAAUUAAUAAUUAUGACGGAGUUUGAGUACCUGAAGAAACGUAAAACACACUUUCCAAAUUAUCAAGUUCUAGGCGGGAUUUAGCUAUGGUUUCUAUAGGUAAUGGAAUAUCGAAUGAAUUCUAACUAGAUUAUAAAGUCGAUGCCUAUAACUUGUUACUUAUUUAAAAAAAAAAAAAUACAUAGGACGUUAUGUUAAAUACCUAAGUAUUUGACACAAACUAUAUGUAUUAAACUUUGCAACUAUUAUUAUUUGAGUACCAAAAUAAUUAAAUAAACCGACCGUUUCGCCAUAACUUUACUACUGUUUGGUUAUUAUUAAAGAAUUCCCUCCAAAGUAUACCCUUUUUUAUUCCAAGGUCCCACAAGCCCUUCCUUAUUCAGCGGUGCGUGAAUCCGCGCUCGAAUUUCAAACUUGGAACAGUCGCAGUCGCUAAAACAGUACGUCGAUAAAACAGUUUCAGGUGUAUCGCUAUGCCCCUUUCUUUUUUU